UUCUCUCUUUCAAGAGCUUCAUGGGUACUUUUCACCAAUUACAAAUCACCAUCACUCCAUAUUUCCUAAUCACAAUGAGCAAUAACUUCUCUUUCUCGACAUGGGUGGACCACACAACACAUCCUGUCAUUUGAGGAGACUUUGUGCGGUCAAGGAUACCGACGUUGGGAUUCGAUCUCAUCGGCAAUGGCAAAGAUGCCCUUCAACAAGUCCCUUGAAAGUCCCUUGCCAUUGUUUCCAAGAAACCAUCCAUAAGGUAUUGGCUUAAAACUUAAAUUAAAUCCCUCUUCUUUUUCAGAUGCAACAAGUCAUUUUCAAUCAAAGAAGUUCUUUGUUGUUCGAAGUGAUUAAGCCCUUACAUUUUCCACCUUCUUGAGAUCAAACCUCCCAAAUUCAAUACGUAUACAGAGUGUACAAAAGAACAUAACUGCCAAGGAUGGUUGAUGCUGUUGUCUCUUCCGUAGUGCGGAGACUUGGUGGUCUUCUCAUUGAUCAAGUAAUUUUUUUGCAAGGAGUGAGAGAUGAAGUCAACUAUCUGAGAACCAAAUUGGAAUACAUGUUGUGUUUCUUGAAAGAUGCAGAAGAAAAACAAGAUCAAGACAGUAGGAUACGCAAAUGGGUAUCCGAUAUUAGAGAUGCUGCUUACGAAGCCGAGGAUAUUAUUGACAAGUUUAUUCUCAAAGUUGAAGAAGGAGGGAUUCCCAAAAGGACAGGGUUCAAAGCUUGCCUCAGAAAGUACUUUUGCAUCUACAAACAAGCAAACAAGUAUGGGAUAGGUAAGGAGAUUCAAGAAUGGAAGAAUAGACUCGAUGAAAUCGAUCGAAAUCAUGAAAUUUUCAAGAUUAGAAAUAUCGAAGCUGCUGGGGAGGGAUCAAGUGGCAUGAAUGAGAGAUUCAAGCAACUACGAAGGACAACACCUUAUGAAGACGACCAACAUGUUGUGGGCUUCACGAAGGAUGUUGAGUUACUGAUGUCUGAACUUCUCGAAGAAACUCCCCAUCAACGUGUGAUUUCGAUUGUGGGCAUGGGCGGUUUGGGUAAGACGACCUUAGCUCGAAAACUUUACAACUCUAGCAGUGUUGGAGAUAAAUUUAAACGUAAAGGUUGGGUUUCUGUAUCCAAGGAUUACAACAUCCAGAAUCUUCUUCGAAAAACAAUAAAAUCUUUCAAGAUGCCAACCAGCAAAGAUGAAUUGGAGAUGUUGGAAAAGAUGGAAACAGAAGAUUUGGAGUGCCAUUUACAUGAGUUGUUGAAAGAAAGUCGAUACCUGGUGGUGAUUGACGAUGUAUGGGAUACAGAUGCUUGGGCAAGCUUGAGGAGAGCCCUCCCAGACAACAAGAAAGGAAGUAGAGUAAUUAUCACCACUCGUAUCAAACUUGUUGCCGAGAGUUCUGGUAGGAGAAAAUAUGUUCAUGAGCUUCCAUUUCUACAACCAGAAGAAAGUUGGGAAUUAUUUUGUAAGAUAGUAGUGUUUCCGGACUAUGAUGGGGUCGAUGAUAAAACAAAUCGUUGUCCUCCAAGGUUGGAGGAAUUGGCAAGAGAUAUGGCCAGAAAAUGCCAGGGCUUACCCUUGGCCAUAGUCGUCUUGGGUGGGCUAUUGUCAAGAAAACAUCCCGAUGAGUGGCCCAAGUUGCAGGGCCGCUUCUGGCGGCAUGUAACAGGUGACGACUUUGAAAGCCAUGACUCGGCUCAUGUUACACAAAUAUUGGCUUUAAGUUUCACCGAUUUGCCUCAUCACUUGAAGUUGUGCUUUCUUUACUUGGGGUUGUUCCCUGAAGAUUUUGAAAUUGAAGCAGAGAGACUUAUACGGUUAUGGGUGGCAGAAGGUUUCAUACAACAAGCAGAAGGAGAAACUUUAGAGGAGACAGCUGCAGAAUAUCUAAAUGAGCUGAUUGAUAGAAAUUUGAUUCGAGUAGCUGAAAGAAUCUGGAUGAGAAUUAGAAGAUGCUGAGUUCAUGAUCUUCUUCGGGAUUUUGCAAUUGAAAAGUCGAAGGAGUUAAAUUUCCUUCAUAUCUAUGAUGGAAAUGUUUAUUCCGCACCCUCUCCCUGCAAACAUCGAAGACUAGCUUCUCAUAGCUGUGGAUUAAAAAGGAAUGAAAGUUGGAGGAAACAAAGGAAGUGGUUGGUGAUGCUUGUGUGCCUGUUGUGCUGUUGGAGACUUGGAGUUCUUUUUAUUUAAUUAAUUUUGUUUCCUUCUAUUUGUUGUCAUGUUGGCGUGCUUGUCAUGUUUGGUGUAUUUGGAUUUUCGAUGACUUCUCUUUUUAUUAUUUAUGUAUAAAAGAUUGAUGUGUGGU